CCGCGACUCAUCAUCAUUGACAGUGCUAGGUCUGCAAUCUCUAGACGCCAGAGUACCUUCUAGAAGGCAAGAUGCUUUGCAGCACUUGUUUACACAUCCUCCAGCAAGAUCGAAACCUCUUAUACUACGAAGACCGAUACAUUAAUCUCUUCACCCCGCUCACUUUUGAGGCCAGCCUCCGACAGGAUAGGGGGGCGGGAACGGUGGAAGUCGCAGAAGCCAAGGAUGGGUGCGGGAUCAGAUCUUACUGGUCCGGAAGAUACGGCCACCAUCCAAGACUAUCCGACUUUCGAAAUUCAGUCAGAAGCAACUGCCAUGUUUGCUGGCAAGCCUGGAACGGUAUGAAAGUGGAGGGAUGGAUGAACCUAGCAGACGCAGAUGGGGCGAAGAUCGAGGAAAUCAGUACAACCACAGGAUGGCCUUUCCUGACGUAUGCUGGCCUUCGGUUCAAUGGCGAUGAUGGCUUUGUGUCCUACACAAUUUGGUUGAAGGAUCAGAAAGCGUGGCGCAAACUCAGCUCAUUUACUCUGUACCCUGGAACCAUCGACGGCCUGGGACCUCCAAGUGCGACAUUGACCACAAGUUCAACUUCGUCACGAGAAUCUUUGACCCUGGCGAAAGCAUGGCUUGAAGAGUGUGUCAGCUGUCAUAGCACCUGCUCGCAGGAUUUCUCGCCUACUCAAUGGUACCCAACUCGUCUCCUGGAUCUGGGUUGCGAUGAUCGAGAGUUCUUCAAUUUGCGUCUGGUUACUAGUCAAGACGAAGCUCUUAAAGGGCCUUAUACAACCUUGAGCCACCGAUGGGGAGACGCCAGCUUCUUGAAGCUAACCACUCAAAACUUCAACUGGUUGCGUAUCGACAUAGACACCGUGGAACUUCCUGUGACCUUCCAUGAGGCUAUAAAGGUAUCGAGAGAGUUGCAGGCCCGUUAUCUUUGGAUCGACUCGCUCUGCAUCAUACAAGACAGUCCUUCAGACUGGGCAUCAGAAGCAAGCCAAAUGGGUAAGGUAUACUCAAAUGCGCUGUGCAACAUAUCAGCAUCCCAUGCAGGAGACAGCUCAUCUGGUCUGUUCCAUGAUCGGAACCCGCAUGUGCUGGGCGACAUGAAUAUCAGCAUCUGCAAAAAUGACAAAUGUGUAUCUGAAAGCGCACACCCCUUGUAUCUCCUCUCCAACGAUUGGCUAGGGCGUAAGAGUAUUACUGAAUGCGCGCUCAGCCGACGAGGCUGGGUGUUCCAGGAAAGAAUGUUAGCACGUAGGGUCCUACAUUUCUGCCAUGAUCAAAUCGUUUGGGAGUGCCAUAAGCAUAUCGCGUGCGAACAAUACCCUUAUGGCUUUCCACCCACGAUCUGGUGUAACCAGCCAAACUACCUGGCGAAGGUUGAUCAGCCUUCUGCUAAACAGACUGAACUCAUUCCCUGGUUGGAAUUUUGGGAUAGCAUGGUCGACGCGUAUACAGGAACAUCGCUCACACGUUCAGAGGACAAGCUUGUUGCUCUGUCAGGCAUUGCGAAAGUGGUCGCGGCAAAAAUGGAGGAUACGUACAUUGCCGGCAUGUGGAGAAGAAUACUCGAACAGUCGCUUAUGUGGUCGAUUGCUAGUCCUGCAGCGACUCGACCAGACGGUUAUCGCGCGCCAACUUGGUCAUGGGCAUCUAACGAGGGUGUCAUAAAGCCGGCGUCUCACUUGGAGUGCUCAUUAGACGGAAAGGACCUUGCAAUCUGGGUCAAGCAAGUGCAUCUCGACUACACUACAGAUGACAUGACUGGACAAAUCCGUGGCGGCUGGUUAGACCUACAGGGCUAUCUUCAACCCUUGUAUCUUUUUCCAUGGAGACGUGGGACAGAAUACUCGUGGAGAAUCGGCGGAUGGUUUCUUGCAACAACCAUUUUGUCAGACCGCAUACAAGGCCUCAUGAGGACAUCUAUUUCCGAUUUCUUGACCAUCGACGACCAGGCUGUAGAUGACGUCUCGAUUCUAGAACAGUGUGGAGAUCUCCAUCUCUUCUGCUUGCCUUGUCACCGGACAACCGGUGAUGCCCAAACCGACAUAGACAAAGGCCGCAAUGUUUUCCUUCUGUUGCAGCUCAUCGAUACUGAGAACCGACUCUUUGAACGCAUAGGAAGGGCUGCUAUCUACGACCCAGAACAUUUGGCGUGGAUACAGGAGGAAUUGGGAGACGAUGUGAAGGAAGAGCUCUCGAUCUUCGGGGAUGAGGACGGACUACAUACAAUACGUAUCAUUUAGGUGUUGGGCUUAUCGUCCUCCACAAGGCAUCUGUCGCAAGUCCAUGGUAAUAUCGUGCGCCUUUAUCUGUUCUGCGACACAGUCCGAGAUGAGAGAGACAGAAAUCUGCUUAUUGACGCAAUGAUCAAGUCGAUGAAUACUGCGACCAGGAGGAAUGCUGCACACUGUCCAUGUAUAGCCAAUGUGAGGAACAUCUACAAGGGAACAAUAGCUCGGGGGGACCCAAUGAAUUAUUGGCCCAUCGACGUACACGCGUUAUUUGGUCAUCCUGGGUUGUUCGAACGGGGCAUGUGGUCUCUAAAAAUGGAGAACCGUCACCCUGAGCUCUGGGUAGAAAUCGUAAAAGCCUUGCGAAAGGAACGAUGGCUUCUCGGAAUGGCAUCGGCAG